AUGGUUAUCAGCCGCCGCCACCGCCAACGCCUCCACGACCUGAACACCACCAAAACCAUCACCAUCCCCCUCCAGGCCCUCCACCCGGGCCCCCCCUACGGGCCACCACCACCCUCCUCCUUCUCCUCCUCUCCGUAUCCUCCGUAUGGGCCGCAACAUCGCCAGCGCUGGAGCACGAGUAGUCACGGGCCCCCUCCCCCAAGCUCUCCAUCGCUGGCCCCUCCGCCUCCGCGGAGCCUCCAACAGUUUGGUCAUGGCGCCCCAUCCAGUUACCAAUUCCAGUAUUCCCUUUGCACAGGUCGUCGCAAAGCGUUGCUUAUCGGCAUCAAUUAUUUCGGCCAGGCCAACCAGCUGAAAGGCUGUAUCAACGACGUGACCAACAUUUCCACUUUCCUGCAUGAGCGCUAUGGCUAUCGUCGUGAAGAUAUGGUCAUCCUGACCGAUGAUCAACGGAAUCCCAUGAGUAUCCCCACCAAGGCCAACAUUCUCCGGGCCAUGCAGUGGCUGGUCAAGGAUGCGCAGCCGCACGACUCACUUUUCAUUCAUUUCUCGGGUCACGGAGGUCGAACUCCCGACCUGGACGGAGAUGAAGAUGAUGGUUUCGACGAUGUGAUUUAUCCGGUAGACUACCAAAGUGUCGGACACAUUGUCGACGACGACAUGCAUGAGAUCAUGGUUCGACCUCUUCGCCCUGGAGUGCGUCUGACGGCAGUCUUUGAUUCGUGUCAUUCGGGAACCGCGCUCGAUCUGCCGUAUGUGUAUUCCACUCAGGGUGUCCUCAAGGAACCCAAUCUGGCCAAGGAGGCAGCGCUGGAUCUCUUCAGCGCCUUCACGGCAUAUGGAAAAGGAGACUUUUCCAGCAUGGCCAGUACCGCCAUUGGGUUUUUCAAGAAAGCAGCCAUCGGCGGACAGGCACGAGAACGAACGCUCAAGACCAAGACAUCGCCAGCUGAUGUGGUGAUGUUUUCCGGGUCAAAGGACACCCAGACCUCAGCCGAUACGUUCCAAGACGGUCAAGCAAGAGGUGCAUUGAGUUGGGCCUUUAUCAAAACCCUGACGCAAUGGCCCCAUCAAAGUUACCUGCAGUUGCUGAACAACAUUCGAGCGGAGUUGGAUGGAAAAUACUCCCAAAAGCCCCAGCUCAGCUGCAGUCAUCCUCUGGAUGUCAAUUUGCGCUUUGUCAUGUGA